AAAACUCUAUACACCAUUCGUUGUUUGUAGUUGGCUACCAGUCGCUAGUCGACUGUUGGGUGCGUUAGGUUAUACGAGACCGUUAUCGAGUUGAUUCUUCGCGUACGAACCGGUCACACAAGAAAACGAAAAGAAACAAGGAAAACCGUAUGUCCGUUUGUACGUAUUUACAUGUUUUGUGAAUUGUGUCUUAUAUACAAUAACGCAUAGGUUAUUUUGAAUUGUGUUGUGAUAUGUUUAUUGAUAAGUAGAUUUAUUUAAACGUGGUUUUAUUCAAGUAAAAAAUGAUGUGAUAUUACAUCUACCUAAUUUAAGUAGGAACUAACACGAAUAGAUAUUCAAUACGCAAAAUGAUUUGCUCAAUGAGCGCUCGUAGCGGCAAAGGGCGCUUCAUUACGAAAAUACUAACGUUCGGUAUACUUUGGGCACUAAUAAUUUAUACGUUAUAUCAAUUUCGAUCGAUAACAAUCGAUGUACCAGUACCGCAUCUAAAUAGCAGGUUACUUUUACAAAAAAGGUUGGAUCCUCUCACCAGACACGCUGACAGCACUACGGAAAGCAACGACUUGGAACCGUACGUAGAUAAAAGCCCAAAUUUAUCAGAAGAUAUGCUGAUAGACGAUAUUCAAAAAAGAAUGCCAAAUUUACCGAUCAUCUAUUGGAAUAAAAACAAAAAUAAACCGAUGGGAUACAACAACACUUGUGCAAGAUUUCCAUCAAUGUUCGAUUUGGAAUUCAACAACAUAUAUUGGCAAACUCUCCGUACCAGCAACGGUACUUUCCAGUUAUUCGGGGCUUAUUUGGACGCGAGACCGAACAACAGACUCGGUCCUACUGUCAGAAUCCUAGGAAUGAUCGAUAGGAUCGAAGCAAGCGUAAUCACGUACUGCCAAUUCUGGUUCGACGGCAAAAAAGACCCUGUAAUAUCCAAAAGCUUCGAAUACAAAUAUAUAUGGUAUAAGAAGUGGGGAAAUUACAAACAAGGUAUAUACCAACCGUAUCUCAUAGCUUGUAUCCUUCCGUCUAAAUACAAAGAUCAAGUACCCCAAUCUGUGUCUUUAGUCGAGAAGCAAUGUGAAAACGCCACCAACAAUUUGAGAAUCAUUUACGAAAAACCGGCACAAAAAAAAGAUUUCGCUGUCUGCGUUAAAGGAUUGGAUUUUCUUCACGAAGAUCUUUCCGUGCGCCUCGUAGAAUGGAUCGAACUUUUGAAUCUACUCGGAGCCGAUAAAGUUUUCUUUUACGAGCUACACGUCCACCCUAACAUCAGCAAAGUAUUAAAACAUUAUGAACAAGAAGGAAAAGUACACGUAACGCCCAUAAAUCUCGCUGGUGGUCAACCGAAUGCCCCAUCAUUCCAACAUUUAUACCUGACGAAAAAAACAAAUCAGAAAAGGCAGAACGAACUAAUACCUUACAAUGACUGCUUCUACAAACAUAUGUAUGAAUACAAGUACAUCAUUCUUUUGGAUAUUGACGAAGUAAUAAUGCCACUCGAAGGUACCACUUGGAAGGAACUCAUGGAUAAAGUUUUGGCGAAAACAUUAAAAACAUAUAAAGAAGAAAGAGCCUCGUAUAACGUCAGGAAUGUAUACUUUUUGGACGAUUUAAUACACGAUCACGGAUGGUUCAAAGAUAUACCAAAAUACAUGCACAUGUUGCAACACGUCUACCGAACGAAGAAUUUCACCAAACCCGGUCAAUACGUCAAAUGUUUCCACAACACAGACAAAGUAUUGACUCUACACAACCAUUUCCCUCUUAGUUGUAUCGGAAGCGGUUGUACGAGUUAUCCUAUCGAAACCGAAGACGCUCAACUUCAUCAUUACAGAGCCGAUUGCGUGAAAACUUUGAAGAAAACCUGCGAGGAGUUCAGAAAAACCAGCGUCAUGGAUACGACGAUAUGGAAAUUUAAAGAUACCCUUAUUCCGAGGGUAACGAAGACUUUAAGAACUUUAGGAUUUUUUGGUAACAGUGAGAGUAAUACUAAUAGUAAUAAUAUUAUAAGGAAAAGGUGAUUCGUUUAUCGAUGAAUGGUGGUUAUUAAAUUUACUGAUACAUAUAAUAAUAGAUUUCGUAUAAAGCAAUAUCUCAUUUAAAUGACGAAAUUUGGAAGCGUCAUUUUUGCAUAAACACAUCUAUAAUAGAGAAAUUAUGACUAUUUGUUCAAAUUGAGUCACUCAUAACACGCAUACCCCUGAUGAUAAAUAUCUAAUAACUUAUAUCCCAAAACCAAUCGACAUAAGAACAAGGCUACCAAUAAUAAAA